AUGCCAACGAGCAUUACCAACAACAAGAAGACUCGUCUUCCCGCGGUUAAAGAAGCGGUCGAGAGCUCCGACAAGGAGAAUAAUGCACCUUCAACAAAGCAUGUCAAGAAAGCGCCAACCAAAGCCGUUCCAACCAGACAAUCAAAGCGAGCAAGCCUGGGCCGGCUGAAACCCCGAGGCUUCGAGCCAUGGGGCCCGCAUGCCGACUUCCUCUCUCCUCCCAGACGCUCUGCGAGCAAAAGAUCACCAGCCAGGGCAGCAGCACGCCGUGUUCUUGGGAGCUUGGAUUACUCGCCACCCAGACCUUCUUCGUAUGCGGACAAAGUCAGAGGGGCUUGCACCGAUGCGCCUACGUCUUUGAAGUCAACGACUGAAAGCUUUGCCGAUGCUCCUUCGUCUUCAAAGCCAAAGGUCGACAGUUUUGCCAUUGCUUCUUCACCCUCAAAGUCGAAGACUGUCAGCUUUGCCGAUGCUUCUUUGCUGUCGAGCCCAAACCUGACGAUUGAAAAGGAUGGGGCAGAGACGAAGAAAAUGGACAAUGGUCAAGAGCUAGAGAAGGAGAUUUCGAGCAUUGGCCCGCAGGAGGACGUUCAUCUCAUAUCGGAAGAGGGUCUGCACAGCGAGCUGGAAUUCUUGACCAGAGUGAACGGAGAGCCAGAAAACACUGGAGGUGUGCCGAUCGAGGCUACGUAUGAGUUGAGCGACAGUCCACUGACCAGCGAAUCCGAGCUGGAGCGGCGUCUUGAUGGCUUUGACAUCAGCAGUCCAAAGAAGGAAGAGGACAACAGCGGCGAUAGCGAGUGCAGUAUUACUGACAGCACCGUGGUGACGUUGCCAUCCGAAACCCUCGCCAUUGGACGCCCAACGAGCCUUCCACCACCUCUGACCGGAGUGAACGCAAUGAGCUCGGACGUUCCUAUCCUCGAGAUCCCGCAACUCAACCUCCUCCCGACAUCAUCGCCCACACGCUUGGAAGCCGAGUCGUCGGAUGCAUGGACGGACGACUCUCUGUUCCUCCCACCUCGACAAGUGCGCCGCCGUCGCAGACUCGAGGUCGCCGAACGAUCGCGGCUAGCCAGGGAGCGCUAUUUUAACCGGCCACCGCCGCAGGGACUUCACCCGGAUAGACGUCUGGCGAUUCUCGUAAAGCAUGGCUUGAUUCCAAAGGACCAGCUGCCCAAGAAGGUGGCACAAGUGGCAGGGCCGAACGACCAAGACUCGACGUCGACUUUCGGUAGACGGGGUGGUGGUGUGAGCUUGCAGGUGCCAGAUUUUGGAGAGACAAGAUAUGGCGACCGAGAGCGGGCCCGGCGAGCGACUCAGCGUUCAAGCGAUGCGGAUGACGAGAUGGACAGCGACCCAGACGCUUGA